UCAAACAAUUAUUUAUGUUUAACAUCUUUGGCAUUUUAACAUCUUAAAUAGAAAGAUUCUAUCUGCUCUACCCAUCUGAGAUCAAUGUCUUCAAUGCAAGCGAAGAACACGCAAUAGUUUCAAUAUUGUCAGUGGUGUGUUCUAUAAAUGUUUAUGUUACCAAUGUACUAAUCCGCGAUCCUCUGCAUAGAGCAUUUUUGUAAAGUUGGUUGUGGUUAUGUAUAUUGAAUCGUGGUUCCAUUGGAUGAAUUCGUAGCAGCGGUGGGGAUUUGGUAAUGGAUAUAUUGAAGUCAGAAAUUCUGAAGAAGAGGAAGGAACUCGAGGAAAAUAAACUGUUGGAACCAUCCAAAAAAUACUUCAAAAGAUCUGUUUUGGCUGAAAAGGAAGAAGAAGAGUAUUUAAAGAAAUAUGGGUCAAAGGGUGAUGAGAUGCAGUCAGACAUUGGCAAACCUGCAACAGGUGGUAAUGUUGCUGAUGAUAGCUCAGAUCAUACAACACUUCCUAGGCGAGAUGUUAUUAGGAGGUUGAGAGAAAGAUGUGAGCCAAUAAUGCUCUUUGGUGAGGCAGAACUGGAUGCAUUUAGGAGACUGAGGCGAAGUGAAAUCCUGGAACCAGAAGUUAAUAAGGGUCUCCGUAAUGAUUUCCAAGAAGCUCUGGAAAAAGUUGAUCAGGCAUUUCUGGAUGAGAUUUUAGCUUCUCAAGUUCAAGAUGCAGAUGGUAGAUCUUCCAAUGAUGUCAAAGUACAAGAUGAUGGUAUUACAUAUGAUGAAAUUCAGAAAAUGGCAGCAAGCUUAGGAAAAGGAGAUAGAGAUCUUGAUAUGAAUGUCAUCACCCACUUCAUCCAGUUUCUGCUCAAGAUGUGGGGUAACCAACUCAAUAAUCGAUCUCCAGCUGAGAAAAUGGGUGUAAGAGGCAAGUUGGCUUGUGCAACUUACACACAGACACAAGUGUACUUGAAGCCCUUGUUGAGAAAAUUGAAAACAAAAUCUCUGCCAGAGGAUAUUUCUGACAGUCUAACAGAAAUAACAAGGUACAUGAUGGACAGGGAUUAUAUUCGGGCUAGUGACUCAUAUCUACAAAUGGCUAUAGGCAAUGCACCAUGGCCCAUUGGUGUCACUAUGGUUGGUAUACAUGCCAGAACAGGACGUGAAAAAAUCUUCUCAAAAAAUGUAGCACAUGUGAUGAAUGAUGAGACCCAGAGGAAAUAUCUGCAAGGUCUCAAACGACUCAUGACAAAAUGCCAGCAAUAUUUUCCAACAGAUCCUUCCAGAUGUGUGGAAUACACACGAACGGAGCUGUCAUCUUGAAUGUUACAGUCCUACUACUUUGGACAUAAUUCUGCAGACCUUUUAGCAGCAGCUUCUACAGCAUCCAUUAAAGCACUUCUGUGAAUAAUAAGAAUAAUUUUUUUUUAGAUGUGAUCCUCACACAACAGUGAAGAUAUCAAGAUUGGUUUUCUAGGUUAUAAAAUUGUAUGGACUUGUAAGCAGAGAUAAAAUCUUAAGCCCUAAGAUGGAGACAGCAUGUUCCUUUGAAAUAUUGGUAUUUACCUACAAGUUCACACUUUAACAAAAUUAACAAAAUUCAGUUUUAAAAUGCUGUGUGUCAGCUGUUGAAUAAUAUAAUAUUGAUGCAUAGAUGAAUCUACAAAACACCACAGGAAAUGCAGGUAAAGAUGGACGCAAAUGUAUGUUAAUCAUGUUACAUGUAGUGUAAAAUAAAGAUUAAUGUACUACUAUAAAUAUUUUAAUUACUGACUUUAUGUCUGUAAAGCUUGAUUCGAACCUAGGCAUCUUCAAGAGGUUUCAAAAUCUCUAAUACUGGGAGCAUAUAAUAAAUUUCAAAAUUGUCCAAGAACUCAAAAUCCUUUGCAAAUAAACAAGGCUUGAUAUAUUUCACAUUGCAUGUAUCUGAUGUUUUAUGGCAGAACUGAGUUUUAACAUUCUUUUGUUUUCAUUGUUAUUCAAGAUUAAAAUGAAGCAAACUACAUCAUGAAGUUCUUCAUUGCUGAAGGAGUAUUUAUUGGUGGGGGGGGAUAUUUUGUGUAACCUUUGUUGUGCUUAAUUUAAAUAAACACUGUACCUUUUGCUGAAUUAAUUCAA